AUGGCUGAGCCCUUGUGGCAAGAGACCCUUCGCAUGCGGCUCGUCGAGCGCAACGCGAACGACUCCGCAUACGCAUCCAUCAUCGAGCAAUAUCGCAGAUUGGCUCAGCAGACGAAGCUGUUGAAAGAGCGCAAUGGGUCCCUCUUGCGUGCGAUGGGCACCGCACGCGCGAAUCCCAGCAGUUCUACUGUGUUCGUGCCUGGAACAGGAGAAGAUAACCCUGUUCGGGCAGCAUACAUUACCUCCCUGGAGUCCCAGAUCACGUCACUACGCGAUGAACUGGCGACAGUCUACAAGACGCAAGGCCAGAACGCGCAGAGAUUGCUCGCAAUGAACGAGACUCUGCGCGAGAAGGAAGAAUUGUCGCGCAUUGACUCGGAGAGCCUCAGGAAGACACGCGACGAGAUCGCUACACUACGCAAGAAAGUUGAGCAGCACAGUGAGCUUAUGGCCGAGAAGGACCGGACUGCCCAGAUACUGCACGAUGAGAUAAACACUCUGCAGUUGGAACUUGGUCAGAUAGAAGAGCGCAAUGCGACAUUAAUCAAGGACAAUGCCAAGCUGCUCCAGCGUUGGCUCGAUGCGAAGCAAGCGGACGUCAACAGAAUGAAUGAGGCGAACGAGUUCUACGAGGACAUGCAGACGCGGCGGCAGGCUGCACUAAGUGGACAACCUGACUCUGCAGCGGUGGACGACCAGCUGGACGUGGUAUCUAUUGAUUACGUCUCGGAGUCGGGGUCGGGAAACGGGGAGGCGAGCGGGGAGGCCGAGACAGCGACGACGAAGGAUGGGACGCUGUCUCCAACGGAGACGGACGUGAAUCAGACGCCGAAUGAUACUACUUCGCUGUCCAUCAUGCGCACACAAGCCCUCGCCUGUGCCAUCUUCGCCGCGACUGCUCUUAGUCCGUCGCUCGUCAUUGCCUCGCCACUUCCCGCCUUCGCCCACAAUGAAGCCGAGGCCAUGUCUGCGGUCAAGAAGUUCCUGCCCUCGUCUCCCAAAGCAGCGCGGGACUUCAGCCAGGACAUGCAUGACAUCAUGCCUCGCGGCCACCAGCCAAUCGUCUUCGGCGGGACUCUGCAGCCACCCCAUGCCCUCGCUGCGCGGACUGUCUCGUCGCUGGAGCAUCUCGAACAGACUGGUGCUCAUGUCGUCGAGUCUCGCGACGAGCCACGGAGAGGGGUUGUCGGAACCGCGGUGAUGCCUGCAAACAGGCUUGGUCCCCGAGACGUCUCAGAGCGGGCACUCGACGCUGAUACUGCGGGCGGGAACGCCUACUCGGGCUCGGCUGGCGACGUCUCUGGUGGCUCAACAGGCUCGCACUCGCACUUUGGCAGUACCUAUUUCCCGCGUACAGAUGAUGCGGACACAAUGGGCGGGAAUGCGUACACGGGGAGCACCGGCGAUGUGAGCGGCGGUUCGAUAGAGAACAUCGCGAGCAACGACGGAAUGCCCACGCUGAUGAACAUCAACUCGAAUAACGCGGGCGCUGGCGGAACAUCUGAAUCCGGUUGCUCCGCAGGCGGGUACUCCAGCGACGCGAGCCAUGGAACAAACGGGGAUUCGGGCAGCGACGCGAGCAAUGGAGCAGGCGGGAACGCGUAUUCGGGCAGCACUGGGGACGCGGAGGGCGGUAGCGUGAACAACGUCGGGGGGAUGAUCAACAUGGACUCCAACAACGCUGGGGCUGCAGGCACAUCCGCGAGCGGAUGCGCGACAGGAGGGAACGUGGGGCUCAAGAACAAGAAUGGAACACAGGAGAAAGUCAGGCCCGAUGAAGACUUCUACAGCCCGUGGUGA